AUGGCACGAACCAGAGGCGCGAAGUCUUCCUCCCCUUCCACCCGAAAGCGAACGCCGCGCGAGGCGCUUGUUCAAGCGCCACCCUCUGAGCCGCCGCGGCCAGAAGUUGCUCCGCCUCCUCUGAAGCCCACGCCAAAGAAGCGCCCAGCCAAGCCCGCAGUUCAGACGCCUCCAGCGAGGCACUACCUUACCAGGUCAGGGGGUCGUCCCCUGCAAAAGCAAGCUAGAGUGGAAAGUUCGGAGCCCAUCGACUUGACAGGGCAGUCCCCUGUUCAAUCCCCUGUUCCAUCUCCAGUUCCAUCUUCGGUGCCAUCUCCGGCACCGCCUGCGAAGCCUCAAGCAAGCCAGCCGCCGCCUUCUGAGCCCCAAAUUCCGUCAGGGCCAGCUCCUGAAGAGGUUCUCAGGCAUCCAAUGCUCACUCAGCCACCAAUUGAAGGCAAUUUGGACUGUAGAGUUAGGCCAUUCCAUUCGGAGCUGUGUUUUGACACAGCCGCAUUCCAGUUGCGGCCGGAGCUUGAAGGAUCAUUCCAAUUGCUGCGAAGAUAUCGAAUGGAGCAGCUGCUGACCCCGUAA